UGGAACAGAUUACAUUGUUACAAUUAAAGUUUAUGUGUAAUCAGUAUUUAGAGUCACAGCUGUCUACUUUCUUAUUAACAGGCAGGCAUAUAUAUGGCCAGAUACAGGACAUAAUUCAGGCUUUAAUUAAUACAGCUGUUGAUGUAUAUGUUUGUUCCACCUAUUAGAGGAUAUGCACGGGAAGCAAGAAUUUAGCCCUAAAGUUAAGUACACUUUAUGUGUCCUGAGACUAGUACAGUACAUAAUCUCUGACUAAAUUCUUUAGAAAUGUAUCGUGCAACCAAGUCUAAGUUUGUAAUUCCAUCAUGUUGGCAAAUGUAAAAGAAACCAUUUUCUGUAAUAAUGCAUGUAGGCAUUUUCUCACACUGUAACUGAAAGGUCAACUGUUUGUUUCUAUUUGACAGGUCAACAUGGUGAUUGGCAUUUUGGUAUUUAAUAAACUUGUUUCCAGAGAUGGGAUCCUAGAUAAAAAGCUCAAACACAGAGCGGGUCAGAUGAGUGAGCCUCAUAGCGGUUUGACGCUCAAAUGUGCCAAGUGUGGAGUAGUUUCAACAACAGCUUUGUCAGCCACCACCGCCAGUAAUGCCAUGGCAUCCCUUUGGAGUUCCUGUGUUGUGUUGCCUCUUCUGGCUCUGACAUGGAUGUCUGCAGUUCUGGCCAUGACAGACAAAAGAUCAAUAUUAUUUCAGAUACUCUUUGCAGUAUUUGAUUCAUUGCAAGGCUUUGUUAUUGUCAUGGUCCACUGCAUUCUCCGAAGGGAG